AUGGAGAAUUUAACAUCUGCUUCUCAGAAUGCUACUCUGAUGUUCUCUUAUAAGGUUGAUGAUUUCACCCGAACUGUUUUUCUGAUUACAACCAUGUCCUGUUUCACCUUUUUCUUCUACUUCAUCGUCAUUAUGCUGAAGGUCUUCUUCACCACUCCUCACAUACAGGAGAACCCUCGAUACGUCCUCUUUGUCCACAUGCUCAUCAAUGACACGUUGUAUAUCAUCUUCACAAAUUUCAUGGUAGUGUCUUUCAUGCAUGCAGUAUACUUCCCCAUGGUUGUCUGCUUCAUCAUUAACACCUUGACUGGCUGUUCCUUUCUAGUGACCCCAUACAACCUGGCCCUCAUGUCUCUAGAACGUUACAUAGCCAUAUGUUUCCCAUUGAGACACUUACAGUUUUGUACACCAAAGAAAGUUAAAUAUGCAAUUGCUGGGGUCUGGAUUAUAGGGUCAUCUCUAAGUUUUGCAAACUUCAUUAUGGCGAUGUACUUCGCAGAAAGAACCUCAUAUUCCCUUAACGUGGUGUGUGACCGUCAAAAGCAGAAGAUAACCCCCAUACAAAACGUGAUCAGGAGCUUAACUAAUAUCCUCAGCUUCACCAUGGUGGCCUUGAUCAUUAUAUUUACCUACAUCAAUGUCAUGCUGGUUGCCAGGAGGAUCGGUUCUGGUGGUUCUUCAGCCCUUAAAGCUGGUAAAACUGUGAUGCUCCAUGCCUUCCAACUCAUAUUAUGUAUGGUCGCCUUCAUCUCCACCGUAACUGAGGCCUACGUAAAGAAUUACUUGUAUUACUUACUCGUUUUAAACUAUGUUUUGUUCACGUGUGUGCCCAGAUUCCUCAGUCCGCUGAUCUAUGGGGUAAGAGAUGAGGUUUUUCAAAAACAUAUAAGAAAAUAUUGCACAAUCACUCAUGUCUGUCGUCCACAACGAGGUUUGGAAAAAUUAUAA